AUGCCACCCUCCUCUGCGUACACAUGUCGAACGUGUCUCCAUGCCCUCCAGCACUCUGCCCCCGCUGCCCAAAGGAUGGUACUGGCUACACGGAUGACCUUGGGUCGACGCGCUCUGUGCUCGGCAACAGCACAGCAGCAUGGCUCGAAAAUUCCGAGAACCAUGGGUCCAAGCCGUCGUGCUUUUCAGCCAACGUCAGAGAAAAGGAUGGUUUCUUCUGCAGCACCGCAAGGGCAAACUGUUAGGAACGAGCCGCCAGAAUUUCGGAGUCCUCCUGGAUUACAAGCAACGCCUACUCCUGCAGUCGAGGGGCGGCCCUUGCUGAUGCGGAACAAUCUCUUCCAUAAACUCUCAGAAUCUCCUUCGCCCGAUAUGAAGCGCCGGGCUGCGUUCCUCAAGCAGAAUGCUUAUUGUCCUCAUCCUGAUCACCGCCAAACACGACUUCCAGAGACUCCUGAUGACCCCGAGGCACGGAAACCCAGCACAGGAGGCUUGCCGCCAGCGCACGUCAAAUUCGAGUGCCCAGACUGUGGCAUACCAGUGUCAUGUAGUGAAGAGCAUUGGGCGGAUGAUUACGAGUCCCAUCUCGAGAUUUGUGAUGUUCUCCGAGAGAUCAACGAGGACGAUCAUGAUCUUCGAUCCGGUCGUUUCUUCCCAGAAUUUGAAUACCCUGGUGAUCAGAUGGAGGAAGCUAUGGUCAACAUGACCAAUUGGGACACAUACCUAUAUUCGAGAGAAUACAGAGCUAUCAACGACGAACGGAGUCUACGACAGGCAACGAAGCUUUUAACCUACCCAGUCACUAUCGGGAGUGUAUUACAUGAGCUGAGUCCUUACAACAUCAAGAAGGGCGGCAAAUUAACCGUGGAAGGUCUCAAGAGUUUAACAGCGCUCCGUUACACCCUUCAUCCGCCACGAAAUGGUUCGGGAGCCGAUAUUAAGGGCCUCAGACCGAACCCCCCUCCAGUUCGGAUAUUUAUUCUAGGUGCCCGUGCCGAAUCAUCUCUCCCAAGAGAAGUUUGGGUGCAGCUGACUUAUCUCUUCCCCCGGGUUGCAUUCCACUUGGUAUUCAUCGGUCCUGAAAGCAUGGCGAACAGAGAUGCAGAGUUCCCCUUACCCGAGCGGACACCUAGCAACCCAUUCGGCGCUAUCGUGGAGGAUCGAUUAACGAACUAUCUGAAGAUCAGCACAUUUGUAGAGUAUUACCAUACUCUGCAUAAAGCUGGCACUUUCUACCCCUACGACCCCUAUUUUGACUGCUUCAUGCUCUUUCAUCCUGGGUUAGGGCAUCCGGCUAGCUCUCAUGAGUGGGCAGAGACCAUUCCCCAGUUAUUGGAGACCAAAGUUCCCAUCUUGGUCACCGGAUAUACGCCAUAUGACAUGGAACGAGAUAUCACAUGGGUGAAGAAGACUGUCGGCAAUGAGAUGGAUAUUUUGAUGGAGCCAGGAGAAAAUCGUUUCCGAAGUCUCCGGUGGGAUCUCAACGAUUUCGAUCCUCAGGAUAUUACCUGUUCAAAUUGGGGCGUGUGGGCCUUCAGAGGCAAGAGGUACGAAACCACCAAGAAGGGUUCCGAGACCGAGUAG